AUGAAGAAGCGCUGCGUGGUGGCUGGGGUGCUGACCGCAGCCCUGCUGGGCCUCAUCCUGCUGCUGGGGCUGCUGCUGGGGCUGCGCCCAGGCGCGGGGGACAGCCACAUCUACAGGAGGGCAGCAGUGGCCACGGACGCAGGGCCCUGCUCUGUCAUUGGAAGGGACAUCCUUCAACAAGGUGGAUCAGCAGUGGAUGCUGCCAUUGCAGCUCUGCUUUGUGUAGGACUCAUGAAUGCUCACAGCAUGGGCAUUGGAGGGGGCCUCUUCUUUACCAUCUACAGCAGCACAGGAAAAGUGGAAAUCAUUAAUGCAAGAGAGGUGGCUCCAAAAAAUGCAGCGGAGGACAUGUUUGGAAACAACACCCAGAGCUCGCUGAAAGGGGGACUGUCCAUUGCUGUUCCAGGAGAAAUCCGUGGGUAUGAGCUGGCUCACAAACGCCAUGGCAAGCUGGCAUGGAAGGACCUGUUUCUGCCCAGCAUCAAGUUGGCCAAAGAAGGAUUCCCUAUUGGGAAAGGCCUGGCAGCAGCCAUCAAAUCAAAAGAGGAGGCAAUAGAAAGCAAGGCCUCGCUGUGUGAAGUGUUCUGCAGAGAAGGGAAAAUUCUGCAUGAGGGAGACAUUAUCAAGAUGCCCAAACUGGCCAACACCUACGAGACCAUAGCCCUGGAAGGAGCUGAUGCCUUCUACACAGGGAGCCUGGCUGAGCAGAUCGUGGAGGAUAUCCGCAGCGCAGGGGGCAUUGUCACCCUGGAAGACCUGCGGGACUACAACGCCACAGUCAUCGAGGACCCCAUACAGAUCGCGCUUGGGGAGUUCACCCUCUACACCCCCAGUGCCCCCCUGAGCGGCCCGGUGCUCGCCCUCAUCUUCAACAUCCUGAAAGGAUACAAUUUCUCUGCUGAGAGCAUCCGAAGCGUGGAGGGGAAAGGUCUGACCUACCACCGCAUCGUGGAGGCCUUUCGGUUUGCCUACGCCAAGAGGACCUUACUGGGAGACCCCAAAUUUGUCGACAUCACAGAGGCCCUCAGGAACAUGACGUCGGAGUUCUUCGCAUCCAGCCUGCGGGGGAAGAUCACAGACAGCAGCUCCCACCCGGUCGACUACUACGAGCCAGUCUACUACACUGGAGACUCUGCCGGUACUUCCCACCUCUCCGUCGUGGCUGAUGAUGGCAGCGCCGUGUCCGCCACCAGCACCAUCAACCAAUACUUUGGCUCGGAUGUGCGAUCCACGGUUAGCGGGAUCCUCUUCAACGAUGAGAUGGAUGACUUCAGCUCACCUUACAUAAUCAAUGGCUUUGGGAUCCCUCCUUCUCCAGCAAAUUUCAUUGCACCAGGCAAACAGCCAAUGUCCUCUAUGUGCCCCUCCAUCUUGGUGGAUAAAGAAAAGAAGGUCAGGAUGGUGGUUGGUGCUUCUGGAGGAACUAAGAUAACCACAGCAACAGCACUGACUAUCAUGAACUCCAUCUGGUUUGGCUACGAUGUGAAGAAAGCAGUGGAAGAGCCCAGAUUCCAUGACCAGCUGUUCCCCAAUGUCACAGAGCUUGAGCUGCAAAUGGAGAAGGAUGUAGAGGAGGAGCUGAGGAAGAGGAGGCACGACACGAGCCGGGUGAGCAGCGGGGCCGUGGUGCAGGCUAUCCUCCGGACCGACCAAGGCUGGGCUGCAGCCUCCGACUCCCGCAAAGGAGGCUACCCUGCAGGCUACUGA